UGCAAUUAUUUCCAGUCGGGGUGAACUGUUUUUCUGUCCUGAUGUGAUACCUUCACACGCCUAAGACCUCUCCUCUGUUGUCUGAAGCCGUGCCGUGAUCUCGCACAAUGCUGUGACUUGUUCCUCCAGUCAUCCGGCCCGGAGGCUGUAAGUGGACGCAUGGUGUGUCUUGUUAUCUUGUGGCGCCGCUGAACAUUUCACGACAACAUACACUCGGUUCGGGGCGGCAAGCAAGUCGGCACAAUGGAGACUGGCCAGAAGAGGACUCUGACUUUCCUUACCAUUGGAUUGAUAUUCAUGCUGAGCGGGAUAGAGUACGCUGUCAUUCUACCCACAAUAUGGAGGUAUCUGCAGAUUCUGGAGGCUCCACCUUACUUCCUGGGUCUGGGCCUGUCUGCCUUCAGCCUGAGCGCUCUGAUCACGGGUCCUCUUUUUGGAGUCUGGUCAGAUCGAAGCAAAACGACCAAAUCCAUCAUCCUGUUCUCCAACCUCUUUGAAAUCGCUGGUAACUUCAUGUAUUUUAUUGGCUAUUCAAAGUGGCUGUUAUUAUGCAGUCGGCUUGUCGCAGGUGUGGGUGCAGGAGCAGGCUCCUCCAUCUUUGGCUUCCUAACCCGGAGCACUCUGCCAGAGGAGCGAGCCGGUAUCUUCGCAGCCAUCAUGGCCUGUCGUCAGGCCGGCCUUCUCAUCGGGCCGGCGUUCAACUUGUUCCUGCGGCUGUGUGAUUUCAAACUGGGGCCCUUUGUUGUGAACAAGUACACGUCUCCUGGGAUCUUCAUGUGUCUGCUGUGGGCGCUGCUUCAGUUCGUCGUCCUGGCUGGAUACUGGGACGCACCGCCCAUCAGCUCGCAGGGGGGAGUCGUCGCGUUGGAAAUGAAACAGCAGGAGGAAGAGGAGGCGCCCCUGAUGGGGUCAGACGAGGAGGAGGCGCGUACCUACAGAGCCGUCGACUCCGACCAAUCGGAGACUUCGUCCGCGUCGCAGAGAGCCCACGAAACCUCAAACCCCUUCAAAAACUUCAGCGUCAGCAACGAGUUUCUGAGAGAAGAAGUGGUUGUUCUCCUUACGGCUCAGUUCAUCACUCUAUUCAACCAGACAGCGCUGGAGACCAUGGUGACCCCUCUGACUCAGCGCUACUUCAGCUUCGGCGAGCUGGGCAACAGCCUGAUGUACAGCCUGUGUGGGGUUGAGGUCAUCGUGGGCUUCUUCUUCGUGCGCUGGCUGAGCAGCAAGGUUGCGGACCGCGUGGUGCUGGCCGUGGGCCUGGUCAUCUGCUGCACCGCCUGUAUCUGGUGCCUCGUCUUCCUCUGCAAGCCCCGAGGUGGAUUUGAAUGGCAGCUUUCAGUUUUCAUCGUGGGAGUUUUCCUGCAGCUGCUCGGGCUUCCGUUCGUGGCUGUGUCUCAGGUGUCGCUCUUCUCCAAAGUCACUGCUGAGAAAACUCAAGGGUUCAGCCAAGGUGUCCGGCGCUCCGUCGGAGGCCUGGCCACCAUCUUGGGUCCUUUGUGGGCCGGAGGAUUGACCAAUAACUUGUACGUGAUGUUGGGCAUGAUGCUGGCUCUGCUCGUCAUGAUCACAGUUAUGACGGUCCUGUCCUACGAGCGGCUGGCCGAGCCGAGGGUGGUGCGGUGUGCCCAGAGCGCUGACAGCGGAGGGUAGGGGGGAGAGGAGCGGGCCGAGACAGACCGGGACUGACCGGGACGGACCAGGACGCGGGCGACGCCCUCCACUUCAGAGAGAAUAAAUCCAAGUUUCCUGAAGAGGAAAGCGUCUGAGCGCGGAAUGAAGAUGAUCAAAAAGCUUUGCACACCAGCCUGCAUUAGGAUGAACCACAUUAUUCAUAUUACUACCAGUUAAUUAAUGACAUUUUUACACAAGGGGGCACCAUUGCUCUCACGUUGAGUACUUACAGACAUAAUUGUAGAUGAAAGCUAUUAUUUUUAAGGAGAACUAUUUAUACUCCCAUGUAUAAGUGGGAAAAAAAGGCUUUUUUUUCUUUUGUGUGUUUUUUUUUCCCUUUCCUGUGCGACUUGUGUAUCAGAAAUGUGAUUCAUUCUUACCCCUGUGAAGAGGAAAGCUCUCUGAAAAUGAAACGGCUGACACAAUGAGUGCAGAAAGUGGAGUUGUCAACAUCUUAGCGGCUUCGUGUCAAGAAAGCUGACAGGAGAAGAGGGUCAAAGACAGUGAUUCUUCACCGAUUUAUUGGUACCUUUCUUUUUUUUCUCUAAAAAGAGGGAAAAAAAGCGAGACACACACACCCACACACACACACACACACACACACACACACACACACACACACACACACACACACACACACACACACACACACCCACACACACACACACACACAAGACUUGGAUGUAAUUACACCACACUGUUAUCUGAAUUCCUUUCUGUUCGGCUUGCAAAAAUGAGACUCUCGUGAAGUUUAAAAA